AUGCUAAUCGAGUUCCUCACGGAAUUCGAUGCCAUGAUGCCAUUUGAGUUUCAGCAGCAAGGUAAUGCGCUCCAAGACUCUGGUGAUUGUAGUCAUGAGGAUCACAGUAUGGCCAUGGAUAUGGAUGGCAUCGUCAAAGAAACACCAAUGGGGUUGGGACCAGAGGAGGAGAUCAUGUGUCAACGUCUAUCUCCUCCCUCCUCUACACCUCCUGCCACUUCUCCUCCUGCUGCUUCUACACCUCCUACACCUCCUCGUUCUUCUCCACUGUUCCUGUUUCCAUUUCCAUUGCCAAAUUCAGAUGUUGAGCCGCUGGGUGGACCCCAAGAAGACUCAGGCAAACCCCAAGUGCUGCCUCUAUCAUCACCAUUCAACUCUUGGCCUUCAUCGGCCAUGAGUUUGCAAGCCUCUCCACCCCUUACCUUAACACUGUCACCUGCAAGCUCUCGACCUUUGUUGGUCAUGAGUUUGUGA